AUGACUAGCCCCCAUGGAGCUACGUUAGAUCUCUGUGUUGCUCAAGCAUUGCGAGCCGAAGAAGCCAUAGCUUCCGCCACCUCUCAGAAAGCGGCUCUAGAAGCUGCGAUCAAUGCCGCGGAGCAGUACAUGCGAACUCUCAGUCUCGCGCCGGUCGAAAAUAAAAGCCAGUUUGACUCAAGAUGCAAGGGUCUGAUUACUCGCGCCGAGCAAAUCAAGGCGACUGCGGACUGGCAAAGAGUGGCCCGUCUCAAACAUGUCCCCAAGCUGGAAGCACCUACUUCAAGACGCAAGCUUACGACUCGUGAAGAAAUCAUCAUUCUCGAAGGAGCAAAGCUGAAUGGAUUCAUCUUCCCACCCUGGAAGCAACCACCUACCCUGGUGGACUUUGACAAACCAUUCACAGACUCCCCGGACCUGCAUCUGUCAGAUUGCCAGAGAGAAAUAUUUUCAGGGUGGAAACGACCCGCUGAACUGCUACGGGCGACAAAUGCUGAUCACGAGAGCCGAGAUGCGUCGGAGCCGUUGAUGUCAGUCUCAGACUCCUCGGAUCUCGUGCAAGAUGUCCUGACCGACUGCUCUGUGGUUGCCAGUCUCUGCGCAACUACCUCUCGAUCAGAACGAGGGCUAGGGAACCAUGCUUCACCGGUGAUCUACCCGCGCGAGCCUGAAUCCAAUCUGCCGGCUCUGUCGCCUGUGGGCAAAUACAUCUUUCAGUUUUACUUCAAUGGAACAUUCCGAAGAGUCAUCAUAGAUGAUCGACUGCCUGCUUCCAAAACCGAAAGGUCUCUCUAUGUGGUGGAUCGCAACAAUCCAAACUUCCUAUUGCCGGCGCUGAUUGAGAAAGCCUAUCUCAAAGUCCGCGGUGGCUAUGAUUUUCCGGGAAGUAAUUCAGGGACUGACCUGUGGAUCUUGACUGGAUGGAUUCCGGAGCAGGUAUUCCUUCAUGAUCAGGACGCGACCCCGGAUGAAAUUUGGCAACGAUUAUAUUUUGCUUUUACUUAUGGCGACGUGCUACUCACGAUUGGGACUGGGAAAUUAACGGAGACAGAAGAAAACGGCCUGGGUCUCGUCAGUGAGCAUGACUACGCCAUUCUCGACAUGAUGGAGCUUCACGGCAAACGUCGGUUCUUGCUCAAGAAUCCAUGGGCAGGCGCGGUACCCAGCAUUGGGCGAGAGAGGGAUGAGAAAUCGAAUCUUUCACAUCCUCUUUCCCCUGGAACAUUUUGGAUGGAUUGCGAGCAAGUUUUCCAACAUUUCGAGAAUUUGUACCUCAACUGGAAUCCUGGUCUGUUCAAGUAUCGUGAAGAUAUCCAUUUUACCUGGGACUUGUCUCAACGGCGGGCUCAGGCCGGUUGCUUCGUGAGGAAUCCCCAGUUUUCAGCACGUUGCGAUCGCGGUGGUACAGUAUGGUUGCUUCUGGGCAAGCAUUUCAAGACUGAGGACCAAGAUUUCCUGGAUGCGGAGGGCGGCGGCCUUGGUUUCAUCAGCAUCUAUGUGUUUCGGGCAGAUGGCAAAAGGGUGUCGCUGAAUGACAUGCCUUUACAGCGUGGCCCAUAUGUCGACUCUCCCAACACCCUCCUCAGGCUCGACAUGCCACCGCACGCGACGUACACCGUGGUGAUAUCGGAGCAGUCUUUACCAUCGUCGAGCAGAAACUUCACCCUUACUGCAUUGUCCACUUCUCCGGUUUCCCUAGCACCUGCACAAAACAGCUACAUGUGCGUGAAGAAAGUGACUGGGUCGUGGACAGCAUCAACGGCGGGUGGAAACGCGGAGUCGGUUCGAUAUUCUUGCAACCCGCAAUUCAGUCUCGAGAUCUUUGAAAAGACCGACAUCGCUGUCCUGUUGGAAUCAAGCGAAGCCGAGCUAGCCACGCAUGUGAAGCUUUUCUGGUCCAAUGGACAGCGUAUCGCGCGGGUUCGAAGUCGCGAUAUCAUCGCAGAUAGUGGUGACUAUCGCCGCGGGUGUUCUUUGGCAGAAGCGAAAUCGCUCGACAAAGGGGUCUACACCGUGGUAUGCUCGACCUUUGCUUGCGAUCAGUUCGGACAAUUCGAGCUAUGGGUUUCCUCGUCGGUCCCGUGUGUUGUGAAACCCCUGGCCUCUGAAUCCGCUGGUCGCCGCCGGACCGUCUCCUCCAUCGGCAUUUUGACACCGGGAAGUGAUCGCAUGCUGGCGCCCUUGCACGUGCCCCGAAUGACCCGAAUCAAACUCAUCGGAAGAAGCAGAUCGUCCACCCUCGGAUCUCGCUCAGUUGGUCCCUCGCCGUCCCUGAUGACUGUUGAGCUAGGCCAGGGUCCUUAUAAGACAGUACUGGCAGCCUCUGAGGACGGUACCCAUUGCGAUGCCCCAUCGGGGGUGCGCGUGGACGAUUUUGAUCUUGCGCCUGCCGCCGAUCCUCGACAAAAGAUCUGGAUUGUCAUUCAACGCAUUGGCGGGCCGGGGGGACAAGUCGAAGAUCAGUUUGAGGUGGAGGCAUUAGCUGAGGAGCGAGUUGAGAUUGGAGAGUGGAUUGUAGAGGAUGAAUGA